AUGUGUCAAAAGGAAGAGGCAACCACUGCUUUGCAUCACGACAACGAUGACGAUGGCAGUAUUCAUCGUCAUCGGGAUGAAGGACUCGGGAAACUGCCAGAAACCCCGAUACACGUCGUGAAUAAAACGGACUCGAAAUCGAGUCAUCAGCAUCAACACGUUCACGACUCAAAGUGCGUCGACUGCAACAUUUGGUCGCCGUCUUUGCAAGCCCGCAACCGCAACAGUGUUGUCGAAGAAUGGAAAUCCCAGCUUCGGGCUUCCAGUCCCCCAUCAUCAGCAGCACCGAAUGCUGCAAAUAAUCGUCAACACCAGGACACGACCAGGCAUUCCUUCAGUAGCCGAAAGAGCUCAUCAACGAGCACUUCAGUCAGGGACAACAACAAUCAUCCGCAGAGAAAGGCGUCGACUCUGGACCGGAAUUUCCGCAAGGAUUCCAGUAAACAAACAAGGAAGGACUCUGACCUCGGGUCAAUGAGUGUGGACAGCGAAGCCAGGAGAGAACAUAAGAAUGUCAAGCAGGUCGACGAGGACUGGAAGGCCUCGCUGAGUUGCUGUUGUACGUAUUCCCGCAGAUCGCCUUCAAUCGUCAGAAAAACGCAAGAACAUUCAGCAGCGGAACAUCAGAAGGAAAACCAACGUCAUCAAGACGAAACCACCCACAAGUCCUUCAAACACAUCGGAAGUCUGCACAGCAAACCAACAACAGCAAGCAAUAACGCAGAAUCCAGCAGCAGGAGGAAAUCCUCUGCCGUCAUCGACACUUCCGCUCAUCACAAUAAAUCAGCGACUCAAAAACCUGCCGAUCGAAAGGACUCAUCCUCUGCUCAUCAGGACACCCGAAGGCCAAGCAAGCCCGUCUCUGCUUCAGAUCAAGCCAAGCCAGCAGCAGCAACCGCAACCCGGAUGCAUCCGACUGCAGAAGCUGCAAACCGGGAUCACCAACUAACACCAGCAUCCGUCAUUACUCAGACCUCAGACAGCACAUCAACAUUACACUACACCACCAGUACACAGACACAAGCGACAUCUACUGCUGGGGCUCUGAGGCUGCUUGAGCCGGAGGUCGCCCAAGCCGUGUUGCAAAACCGGAGGAACUCGACUGCGUCGGAGCGACAUCUAGAAACUGACAAGAAGCAAGUGUAUCCUAGGAAAGCAAGCUUAGCCCUGUCUGAGACGUCCCAAACAUCCGAACACCAGCAGGAAAUCAUCAUCAACAACAGUUCCCAGUCUGACCAGAAACUAGUUUCUGAUUCCUUCGCUGAAAUCAAGACCUCGUUUGAAGAAGAACACACUCGAGAAAAUCCAGAAGAAAUCCCCAGCUAUCCAUCUGUUGAAUCCCCAGAAAUCAGUGGCUCUUUGACUAAAAGCAAGAACAGCAGCUCUGUGAAAACCACGAGGACUUCCAUUUCUGAAAAGGCCGCAAGAUGGAUGGGCGUUCAGAAUAAUACUAAGUCAGCCACUGAAUCAAAAGAAACUCAGCAUACCUUUGAAACAUCAGAGAAAAAGCCAGCUGAACAAUCUGGUCCCAAAAAUGUCAAACAAUUUCGAACCCCUGGACGAAGAACCAGUUUUGAAACAUCUGAAAACAAACCAAAAGAGGAUUCAAUUCAAACUCAACACCGCAGGGCAUCUUCAGCUGUCCAAGAAGACAAAAAAGCCUCAAAGUCUGUUGAACAGAUCUCUGCGGAAAAAUCUUCCAAAAGCAAAAAGGAACACACGAUUUCUUCCAGUGCAAACAGCUCCUCCCAGAUGGAAUCUUCCAAAUCAGAAAACUCGAAUUUGGUCACCAAAAAUUCUGAAUCCAAUGUCAAUAACUCUUCCAAAAUCUCAAAAACUGUCCCGAAAAAACCAUCCAAGCCUGAAAGCGCUUCCAUCACAACUACAGACACAGACAUCAAAGAAAAACAGACAUCAGUCGACUCUGGAAAAUUGAAGAAAAAGAAGAUGAAUGUCAUCACAAGCCUCAUCAAGUCCACUGUUGAAACAGUCUCACGAAUUGGCAGCAAAAAGGACACAAAGGGAUCAAUUGUACAUCACAAGACAUCAAAGGACAUUUAUAGUGACGGAAGUGACACUGAUGGAUUUGACUUGAUUUCAAAAUCAGUGCAACUCGAAGCUCCAAAAAUUCCUUCCCAAAAAGUGAGGAAACCUUCCUCAGGACCAAAACCUACAAAUAUCCCAUCAACUGCAGUUUCGCAGAAAAAGUCCAUCUCUAAGCAGGACCAGCAUCAGGAAUCUGGAAACAGUUUUCAGAAAGAUUCAGAACAACGGUCUUCAUCCAGAAAAUCCUCAACA